GUCAGAAGUAUAGCGUGUGUGGACUAAAGAACCCGCGCGCAUGCUUUAAAGUUGUCAGGAAUUGAAGCUUCCCAGUUAGUAUUGCAUCGCUUGGUUGUCAUUGCGGUGUGGCUUUUCCUACGGGUAGGCGUUUAUAUCUGGUUUUUUUUUUUACUUUCGUCGUCGAAAUUCCUGUGCAAAUGCCGCGGAUUCUCGGUUCUUCACAAAACCAAAAGGACAUAUCUUGCAGAGAAGAAAAGAUUUUUGUUGAUUCCCUUCAAGUUAAUAGAAAAUUCCGGGAAAGUUUCAGUCAAUAGUGGUCGUCCAGAGUGGAAAGAGUGGUUACAAUUAUUUUGGUUGGUUUUCACAAGUGAGGAGCUUCUUGGCGCGCUUUGAAUGGCGAAUAUAAAACUAACAACUUUUUUGUUCCGCGUCGCGUAACAAAUAAACUAAAUAAAAAAUAAAGAAAAAAUAUGUUCCGAAUAAAUGAAAAAUUAUAAUUAAUUGAAUUUCUUUUGAGUUUUUUUCCCUUAUUUAUCAUUUUUAAUAGAACAAAAAUUAAAACCAUUAUGUUCUUAUCAUUUUUAUUUCUCCCGGAGCUAAUACAAUUUAUUUUUAACUAAUUUCAAAUUGAGGACAGAGAACCUCAAAUCAGUUCAGGAGCUUAAUUUUUCAAAUCAACAAAAUAAAAUCACAAAAUAAACGAACGUGGCAAAUGUUCGACAGCAACCAUUUUAAUAUCAUAAUUUCGAAAAUAGUAAUUAUAAUAGAAAUAAUAUUAAAAGGAAACUAACAUAAAUAAUAAUGAAAGAUAAAUAUGGAGGAUCAACAGAUUAUUCCGCAGAAAACGGAUCAACGGUAUCUUCUUCGCCACCAUUACUACAUCAAGAACGCCAUCACAUAGUACUUAAAAAACAGCGGUCGCAACAACAACAACAGCAACAACAAUGCUCUCUAUUUAAUUUAAAUGAUCGGAUACCGGCACGUCUUGUACUAUAUUUCCUAUCAUGGUCUGGAUUUUUGGUGUCGUUUAUGAUGCGGAACGAUAUAAAUUUCGCAUUAGUUGCAAUGGUAAAAACACCCAAUUCAACAACGUUACCAUCGACGAUCCAUCCAGAGAUAAAUAUGACAGCUACGCAGCCAAUAAACACAACAAUGGCAAGUUUAUUGAACGAUAUCAAUCAAACGCUUGCUGUAGUCAACUCAACCGUAUCUAAAUAUUCGGAGGAUAAUGCCACUGUUGAUCCAGUUGCGGAUAGUGGCGAAUUCGACUGGUCUUCAACAACAAAAGCAGCAAUUCUAGGAUCAUUCUAUUGGUGUUAUGUCCUUUCUCAAGUGGUUGGUGGUGUUGCUACUCAAUAUUUUGGAACGAAAAAUGUUUUUGGUUGGUCACAGUUUGCCACGGCCGUUUGCAGUCUUGGAAUACCAUACGCUGCAUCCUUGCACUAUGGUGUUCUGAUUGUUUUACGUUCAAUACAAGGCUUUGCCUCAGGGUUAACAUGGCCUGCUAUGUAUGCAUUGGUUGGAUAUUGGAUACCUCCAGCUGAAAGGAGCCGAUUUAUGUCCAGUUUCCAGGGUUUCAGCAUUGGUAUUGGCCUAACCUAUCCACUUUGCGGCUUUAUUAUCAAACACUUCGGCUGGAGGCUUGUUUUUUAUACAACUGGGACAAUUGGAAUGUUGUGGUGUAUAAUGUGGUACUUUUUGGCAUUCAACACCCCCGCAGAGCAUCCAAGGAUUACUAUUGCCGAACGAGAAUAUAUCGAGAUGAAUGUCUCCCACGAAGUGCGCGAUGGCCAAGGCAUGAAGGUUCCCUGGCGUUUGAUAUUUACCUCUUUGCCGGCCUGGUCUAUUGGUGUAACAACUUUCGGACGAAUUUGGGUGCACUAUCAGUUCAUCAUGUCCGGCCCACUUUACAUGAAACAUAUCCUUGGAUUUAGUAUACAACAAAACGGCUUACUGUCGGGGACACCAUUUUUGUGUUCAUAUUUCUCGUCAGUGCUCUUUUGUUAUGUCGCUGAUUUAUUUGUUAAACGCAAGGUGAUGUCUUUGACGAAUGUACGUAAACUAUUCACAGCAGUGUCGCAGAUCAUUCCUGGAAUUUUGAUACUAAUAAUUGGAUACAUUGAUGAUAACAUUGUAUUAGUGUUGAUUAUAUGGUUCAUAGCAGUUACACUGAUAACGGCCUCAUAUGCAGGUGCAAUGGCCAGUAUUGUUGAUAUUGCACCAAAUUUAGCCGGCCCAGUUCUCGCGUUUGCUCAAACUAUUCAUAUGACUGCAUCAUUUUUAUCACCUGUUAUUACAGGAUUUAUUGUUACAAAUGAGACUUCUAUUGAACAAUGGCAGCAUGUAUUUGGUGUUGCAUCGAUUAUAGCAAUUUGUACCUAUGUAAUGUUCCAAAUUUAUGGUACAGCGGAUAUUCAAUCAUGGAAUUAUCCGCAAAAGAAAUUGCUUUUAGCAGCUGAGGAAAGUCAAAAUUUACAAGAGCAACAACAACAUCAACAGAAUCCGGAAAAUAAUUCAUUUCUUAAGUAAAAUAUCUAGAGAAAUUCAAGAAAUGAAGAAAUAUGCUUUCAUGGUACUAUAUAUGAUUUUUUUUGGUAAAUUUAUUAUAUUUAUAUAAAAGAAAAUUAUUUUGUAUCUAAAUCUUCAAUUCUAAAAGCCAAAUUUUCUCAUUUACGCAAUAAAAAAACAAUAAAAACAUUAAAAUAAAAACAAACAAAAAAAAAAAUAAAAUGCAGCAGUAUUAGGGAGAAUUGAAAAAUAGAGAAAAUUAAUGUUCAAUUUCAGCACUCCAUUUCAAUAGUUAACAUACAUAUAUAGAUUUUUUUUCUAUAGAGCAAGAAAUAACACUAAUAAGAUUUGCAAUUGUAAAAAUAAGUACUUUUUGAACGAAGCACAUUACUAUUGCUAUCAUUGUAUUAACAAACAUUCUGUUUCAGGGCUCGUUGAAAAAUAAUAUCUUUGACAUUCCAUUCUUUUGCUGAUAAACAUGAAUCUUCAAUCUAUUAUAUAUAAUUUUGUCUUAUACUUUUCAUAUUUUACUUUUAAGUUUAGAAAUUAAGUUAUAAUUAUUUUUAGUAAAUUAUAUUACUCGAAAAUUGUCUUUUAUUUUCUAUAAAUUGUGUUUCUUUUCUUGAGAAGGUUUUCUAUAAAUUAUGUCCUUUUUAAGAUUAAAGUGUAAGUUUUUUCUUUUAAAAUGUUAUCUAGAAAUUAUAUUGGUUCAAAGGAGGACAAGUAUCUAUCUAUCUUCUCAAAUUGAAAAUAGAGUUUUAAGUUUCUUUUGAAAAAUGUCUUAAAAAUCACGCUCUUUAACAAACAACAUUUUUCAAAAAUCGCCAAAGCCUAUUUACUUAAGAUAGUUUUAAUUUCUGUGAAUGGUUCGAUGCGUUUCAAUCUGUUUUUUUUUUGCACAUAAAAUAUAGUUUACAUAUAAAAAAUUAAAUUUCCAAUAGUGACUUUUAGUAAUAUAAUGACGUGGAGCUCAAAACUAUUGUUAUUGUUGUUAUAUGAAAACAAUAUUUUUUAUAUUCUAUAAAUAUUGUAAUUAAGUUUGGUACUUAAGCAUCAGUCUCAAUUGAAAAUUAGAUUCAUAGGCAUCUUUCAAGCCUGUUUAAAAAUUUCUGUUGAAUGAAAUCAUUAUGAAAAUAAUAACAUUUAAUGUGAUAGACAAUGUAAAAUUAUAAAAAACAAUUGCCCUAUAUAAAUAUUAUUUAUUUACACUCAAUUGGUGUUUUUUUUUUUAAUUUUUUUCUCCUUUAUUUAUUGGUGUAUAUUUAAAUGAAAUAUGGGGACAAUAUGGAAAUAUUCAAAUGCAUAAGAGGACAGCGAUCAUUGUUAAACGAAUCGUAAGUGAAAUUGGUAAUUCAAUAGUGAGAAAUAGGACGCAAUAAUACUUCUUUUAUAGGUGGGACUUGAUGACUAAUAUUGAUUUUUAUUAACUAAAAAACUUCCAUAAAUAGUGGUAUAUGAAAUUUUAUUUUUUCCAUGAUGUUUCGGUAAGAAAAAAAAACUUUAAGAAAGCUUUAAAGUAAUGAAAAGCCUUUCAAGAUAUUCACUUUUAUUUUAUUAUAGAAAUUGAAUAUCUGAAAUCAUCAGUGAAACAAACUUCAGAUAAAAUAAAGAGAUAUGCAAAUUCCAAGUGGACAAAGUAUAUUAUCAAGUGAAAAACCCAGAUAAACUAAGAAGACGUGUAUUUAAUUAUUUUCAGGGGAUAUAAUUCAAAUAAACUAUAAAUUAUAUUUUAUGUUAUUACAAAACUCAUACUAAGUCUAUGUACAAAACAUAUUUCGAAUAUGUUACUAAAACUCUGCCUAAAAGCACACAAUAUUUAUGGACUCAUGCCUAUUGUUUAUUGCUCUUGAUUUGAGUGAACUAAAAUAAAAUAAAAUACAAAAAAAACAAUAAAUAUAAACUAUUGUUCGACAUACAUAUAUAUAUAUAUAUAUAUAUACAUAAUAUUGUAUUAAAAUUUAGGAAGAAAAAUGAUAUAUAAUGAAUGUGAGACUAUCUUUCCUGUGUCAGCCUUCUUUCGAUCAUUGAAUAUAAUCAAUUAUGAAUUGAUGAGUGAGAGUUAAAUAAAAUGAUAAAUGAAAAGAACAAAACAAAAAAAAAAAAAAAUCAAAGUAAGAGGGAAAAAGUGGCCUUCAAACCAACAACUUUACUAAUUCAUAAACAAAACAUGAAUUAUAAAACAAUAUCAUAAACAAGGAGACUCUACUCUUUGUUAUUAUCAUUUUCAAAAAUUUUGUUUAAUUUUCGCAAAUGUUCAAGUCUAAAUUGUCUAUUGAAAGCAAAUAAAUAUGUGAACAAUAUGAGAUUAUAAAGUUUAGAUGAAAAAUUUGGUGAAAUAAAUAUCACUCUUAAAAAAAA